GAGGUUAAAUAACAAUCAUUAGAAAGUAAGCUGCAAAGUAGAAAUGUUAAGCUCAAUUUGCAGGCAUGCUAUAUCUUCUGCUCGGCCACAAGUUAGAGCUAUCCACAAAUCGUCAUCAAGUUUAAGUGGACAUGUAUUUGUUCACAGGGACACUGACAAGAAUAAUCCAGAUAUAAAAUUUGAAUUUACUGCUGAAAAUCAGAAGAGAGUAGAAGCAAUAAUGGCAAAUUACCCAGAAGGACAUAAACAAGCAGCUGUUAUACCAUUAUUAGAUUUAGCUCAGAGACAAUAUGGAUGGACACCUAUCUCUGUAAUGCAUACUGUGGCAGAUAUAUUAAAGAUGCCUAGAAUGAGAGUCUAUGAAGUAGCAACCUUUUAUACCAUGUUCAAUAGGGAACCAGUUGGAAAAUAUUUUGUACAGAUCUGCACCACAACACCAUGUAUGUUAGGAGGAGUUGGUUCUGAUGUUAUAUUAGAUGCUAUCAAGGAAAAUUUGGGAGUAAAAGUGGGAGAAACAACCUCAGAUGGUAUGUUUACAUUGAGUGAAGUAGAAUGUUUAGGAGCUUGUGUUAACGCACCUAUGAUUCAAAUCAAUGAUAAUUAUUAUGAAGAUUUAACAGUAGAUGACACCCACAGAAUUCUCAAUGAGCUGAAAGCUGGAAAAAUUCCCAAACCUGGUCCUCAGAGUGGUCAAGAAUGGAGAUUUGCAUCAGAACCUAAAACUGGAUUGACAUCAUUAACUGAGGAACCUAAAGGGCCAGGAUUUGGUGUACGUAGUGACUUAUAGGAUAGAGAUGAGAAUGAACAUCUCUUGUGUUAACAUGAUAAAUUAUAAACUCUUAUUGAGCCCAUGUUGAAACUAAAUGGAUUUAGAAUA